AUGGUCGACCGGCCCAACAAACCCACUGCCCUGGCCACCACGCCCGGUCUGCCGCCCCAGGCCACCGUCUCCAUAACCCACGGCAACUCGCGCGUCUCGGCGACCUUGCCUACCGGCGAGUCCGUCGAGGUCCUCCUCCACGGCGCCACCGUGCUCUCCUGGAAGUCCGCCUCGGGCGCCGACCGCCUCUGGCUCUCCUCCUCCACCGCCCUCGACGGCUCCCGCCCCGUCCGCGGCGGCAUCCCCCUCGUCUUCCCCGUCUUCGGCCCCCCUCCGACGCCCACCCGCCCACCGCCUCGCUCUCCCAACACGGCUUCGCCCGCAGCUCGCGCUGGGAGGUCCGCCGGCUCCGAGUCCUCCGUCAAGCUCGACUUCGGCCUGUCAUCGGCCAACCUCGACGAAGAGACAAAGGCUAAGUGGGGGUAUAAGUUCGGCGCCAUCUACAGCGUCUCGCUCGACCGCGAAACGCUGUCCACCGCCAUGGUCAUUACGAACGAGGGCGAGGAGGCGUUUGAUUGCCAGGUCCUGAUGCACACCUACCUGCGCGUCAAUGACAUCACAAAAGUCACAGUCCAGGGCCUCGACGGCGCCCCCUACACCGACAAGGUCGACGCCGGCGCCGCCAAGACCCAAUCCGGCGACGUCGCCAUCACCUCCGAGACGGACCGCAUCUACACGCCCACCGCCGGUCCCAAGGCCCCUGUCGUCGUUCUCGAGGACGGCAAGCCCGUCUACUCGGUCGUCCGCGACAACCUCGACAACGUCGUCGUCUGGAACCCCUGGGCCGACAAGGCAGCCAGCAUCGGCGACUUCUCCCCGGACGACGGCUACAAGAACAUGCUCUGCGUUGAGCCCGGCGCCGUCAAGGGCUGGCAGAAGCUCGAGCCUGGUGACGCGUUCGAGGGCGCGCAGGUCAUUACGGUGAAUUGA